UAGGCCAACACAGAAGCAAAAUACAUUUGUGUCGAAGAAACCAAAGCAAAGUGCGCCUGGCGAAAUCCGGACAUUCAUUCAGUCUGUCAGUUAACAGAAUCUUGUGCUUCCACUUAUUGCAACUAACCCAAGGAAUAAUUCAGGGCGGCCCAAAUUUCUUUGCCAACAUUACACGCUUUUCUCUUUCGAUCACAUUCGUUUGAGCCCUCUCUUGUGUUGACGUGCAUUCAGAAGAAAAUCUGUCUGUUAAACCUAAUAUUUUUUUUGUGUACUUUGGUAUUGAAUUGACUUGCAGAGGUGAAAAUGUGUGAACAAUGGGAAAUCCAUAUUUGGUAUAGAUGAUAGCUGGAAGGGCAAUUGUAGUGAUUUAGAAACAAGGACGUCUGAGACUUUUAGGUUGUGCAGUUGUGUCUUCCCAUUUUUAGAAGUUCCCUAUUUCUAUAGCUUUCAUUCCUCUAUCAUGAGUUUGUAUUAAUCAUCUCCUUCAAGUUUUGUCAUUAAGUUCUAUGUUUUGGAAAUCUUUUUUGUAGUGAUGAGUAAGUUGGGUGCUUGAGUUGAAAGAGAGAGCAGUGUAGGCAUUGUAAGACAACCAACAUUUUGUUGGAUUUCAAAGGAGGGGUGAUUUUUUCUACUGGGUUUUGAUGUGUGAUUUUGUCUGGUGCUUUUAAGAAGUUCUGGGUAGCUUUUAAACAAUCCCUUAGCUUAAAAUCAGUUUCAAACUGAAAUCUUUCUUGCCUGAUCUAGUACUGUUUAUAAUGGAGAAGAAGCUGUUUAGGUGAUUUCACUGCAUUAGCUUUGGUUCCGAUGUUGUUUGAUGCAAUUAUUUGCAAUACAUGGUUCAAGAUUUCUUUUGAGACUGGUGUAGUAUUACAGUCAGUGUGCUUUGUAGUGGUCUGGGAAUUAUAAACAAUCUUCUCAUUGGAAUCCUAAGCUGUUGAGUUCUAUAUAUAUUGAGAGAAGUUCGUAAAGGAAAUACAUUUUGGAGUCAUGCUAGUCAAAACCAGCUGUGGAUUCAUGCUCUUUUGGCUUCAGAUGAUCAUACUGCUGUCUCCCAUUUCUGUUGUCAAUGGGAGGUCUCCUCCUCUGGACACAGCCCAUCUUCUGGAUAAGGGCAGAAAUGAAGUGCAUCAACCUAUGGAUGAGAAAACAGAAUUAUACCAAGGAACUAAAAGGCAUGAGCUUGUUGAACUGAAGUCACAGAUAGGAUCAAAACCGCCAAGAUGUCAAAGCAAGUGCAAUUCAUGCAAGCCAUGUGAAGCAGUGCAGGUUCCUGCAGUGCCACAGAGUAGAAAAAUUAGCAGAGAUCCUAAUACACCAGCUGCUGGUACACAAGAAUACUCAAAUUACAAGCCCAUGAGCUGGAAAUGCAAAUGUGGAGACAAGCUCUUCAAUCCUUAAAUGCCACCAAAUUUUUAUCAGAUCUCCAAUUCAACUGUGGAGCACCUUUAGCCUUCAACUAUAUUCAAAACAAGGCAUAUAGAAGAAGAAGAAGAACGUUCAACUGUCCAGCACAAGCUAUUUUUAAUAUACUAUAUUGUAUUCUAUCAGUAUGGCAAGGCAUUUAAGAGGUCUUGGUCAUGUCUUCAGCCUUCUGAUAUAGAGAGUGAGAGUUUGGAUUGUGAUUUUUUCAAUGUUCAUACCAAAGAGUUUGUAAUGAUCUGCAGUGUAUAAUUAAUGCAUGCAGAGUCACGUAAUGUUCUGAAAUCAACUUGUUGGUCAAGUUCUCUUUUUUCUCUGAACUGUAUUCUGCCCUGCUGAUCGAUGACAGAAAAAAUCUCUGUUAUUUCUAAAUAAACCUAAUGUCAGAGCUCUUUUUCAAAAAAGCUCCUGUUGUUCUCCGAGUUUAGCAAGAAUGUCAAAGUUAUCCUAGUGGGAUUCAUGUAUAUUGUUUUCAGUGAUGUAAGACUGCUUUUCGCUUUAGUUGGGCAAUUGCAAUGGCAGCAGCAGACAGA